GACUUGAAGGUCUCCCCAGCUUGUCCUUCUGGAGGAUGGCUUACGCUAGCUGCCUGGACUGCAGAAGGUAGCUGCAGGUGGACGGAGGAAAGGGCCCCGGGGCCGCAUUCCUACCACUGCAGGCGCUGCAUUCAGAAGUCUGGCCACAAUCACACGACUCGGGGCUGGCCAGGAAAGACUUGUUUCUGGCGGAGCUCCAGAGGAAGGAAACGACCCAGACCGGGAGCCCCCCACUCCUGAACCGUUACUGCCACUGUCGCUGCUGCUCCAGCCGCAUCUUCAGUCUGUUCAAGCGCGGCUGCUCCGAGUGUUCAAGUCCUCACCUGGAUUAAGCAAUGUGAUUCCUUCCCUUAACCCUUGUAAACACUGUGGAGCUGACCCAUUUUCAUUGGACUGAUUGCUUUCUGGGAGCCCGGCAACUGAAUUCCGAUCCACCAGGGGUUCUCUCAGCAGGGAAAACCAUCCAAAAGACAAUGAUCCCUCUCAUCUUCCUUUUCUUGGGUGUGCUUCAACUUUUACCUUCAUGCUCUGGGAGGGCUGUUUGUGAAGAUGUUGGCCCUCUGACAACACUUAAAGAAAUAAAGGAAGAAAUAGCAGGCUACCAAGAUGCUGCUAAGGCCAUUAUAGAUCUCGCUGUAUGUGGCAAGGCCCAGAACAGAUCCUUUGAGAGACUGGCACUUUUUGUUGACACUGUUGGACACAGACUGAGUGGCUCCAAAAACCUAGAAAAGGCCAUCCAAAUUAUGUACCAGAACCUCAUAGAGGAUGGUUUGGAGAACGUCCAUCUGGAACCUGUCAAAGUGCCCCACUGGGAAAGGGGUCAGGAGUCUGCUGUGAUGCUGGAGCCCAGAAACCACCCAAUGGCCAUUUUAGGCCUUGGGAGUAGUGUGGGAACCCCACCAGAAGGAAUUAUAGCUGAAGUCCUGGUGGUGUCCUCUUUUGAGGAGCUGCAGAGAAGGGCCCCUGAAGCAAGAGGGAAGAUUGUUGUUUAUAACCAGCCUUACAAAGGUUAUGGAGAAACGGUACAGUACAGAGUUCAAGGGGCAGUAGAAGCAGCAAAAGUAGGUGCAGUGGCCUCCCUCAUCAGAUCAGUUGCUUCUUUCUCAAUCUAUAGCCCUCACACAGGAAUGCAGUCCUAUCAGGAUGGUGUACCUAAGAUCCCAACAGCCUGCAUCACUGUGGAGGAUGCAGAGAUGAUGGCAAGAAUGGCUUCUCGGGGGACUAAAAUUGUCAUCCAAUUAAAGAUGGAAGCAAAGAACUACCCAGAUGCAGAAUCUUUCAAUACUGUAGCUGAGAUCACUGGGAGCAAGUAUCCAGAACAGGUUGUCCUGGUCAGUGGACAUUUGGACAGCUGGGAUGUUGGGCAGGGAGCCCUUGAUGAUGGCAGUGGAGCAUUUAUAUCAUGGGAAGCACUGUCUCUUAUUAAAGAUCUAGGGCUUCGGCCAAAAAGGACCCUUCGCCUGGUGUUGUGGACUGCUGAGGAGCAAGGCGGCGUCGGUUCGCUUCAGUAUUACCAGCUCCACAAGGGCAACAUCUCCAACUUCAGCCUGGUAAUGGAGUCUGACUUGGGCAAUUUCAUGCCCACAGGUGUAGGAUUUACUGGAAGCGAUAAAGCCAGGGCUAUUAUAAAGGAAGUCAUGAACCUGCUACAACCCAUAAAUAUCACCCAAGUUUUGGGGAAUGGAGAAGGAACUGACAUUAACUACUGGAUCCAAGCUGGAGUACCUGGUGCCAGUCUAAUGGAUGACCUAAAUCGAUAUUUCUCUUUCCAUCAUUCCCAAGGAGAUACCAUGACAGCACUGGAUCCCACACAAAUGAAUUACUCAGCUGCUGUUUGGGCUGUUGUCUCCUAUGUCAUUGCUGAUCUGGAUGAGAUGUUGCCGAGGUAAUCAAAAGAACAAAGAAGAAGGCACAUUCUUUCCGGAAUCCAGUAUUCUACAUUGGAAUGAGGCUUCUUUUUUACCCAAAAGGUUGAUUUGGUUCUUGUACCUUGACUUCAAAGAACAACUACCCCUUCUGAUAGAAUGUCUCUUAACUCUUUCCUAAUUCUCAGAUUUUAGUAGCAUGUCUAAAAAUGUUUACUGCCAGUAUUAUUAUUCAAUUAAAACAUUUUCUUAGAGUUAUAAGGAAAACUGUGUCCUUGCUGAGAGUAAAACCUUGAAUAAAUUCUAUUUUCAAGAAUAA